AUGGUACAGAGAUCCGGAAGAAAGGUGACAAUACUAAUCACUCACGUUUACCAUUGGAAUGAAACCCCGUCACUAUUGCACCAAUUGAGGCCAACGGCGGACCGACGUCAAAGCCAAGUCUUGAUUGACGCUCUGCUCCCCGAUUCUGCCCAGAUCGACCGCUCAUGGUCUCCCAUGGAUUUCUACGAUGCAGCUUUCGUUCCUCCCAAGGACGACCAGAUGCCUUCAACCAUCGAAGUUCCUGUUCUUGAAGCAACCUUGUUCCCGUACCAAAAGAGAACUUUGCAGUGGCUUCUGAAACGAGAAGGUGUCCAAUGGUCGGACACCGAAAAGACCGUCGUUCCUUACCCGGCCGACCAAGAGGAGCCCGUGAAUGCUUUUCGCAAGCUGGUCGACGUGGCGGGCAAUGAUUACUAUCUGAACGAACUGCUUCAUGUCGUCACAAGGGAUCCGGCGCCAUUUCGAAUUGCGGAAGCGUCUGUCAAAGGCGGCAUCUUGGCCGAGGAGAUGGGCUUGGGGAAGACCCUGGAGAUUCUUGGCCUUGUUCUGCUCCACCAAAGAGCGACUCCUCUAGUGGCGACUGACUAUGAGGUUCAGGCGAACCUGACGCCUACCGGCGCCACGUUGAUAGUGACACCCGAGUCACUGAGGGCCCAGUGGAUCUCGGAAAUCGCUCGCCACGCCCCUGGAUUGAGCGUCAAGUUUUACCAGGGUCGGAAAAAGAUGUCUGAUGAUGAGGACCAGAUUAUCAAUGAGCUCGCCGGGCACGACAUCAUCAUCACCACAUAUUCGAUUCUGUCGGCCGAGCUUCAUUUCGUAGGCGCACCCCCUGAGCGUUCACGACGACACGCACGAGUUUAUCCCCGAGCCAAGUCGCCCCUCGCGCAAUUGGCAUGGUGGAGAGUUUGUCUGGACGAAGCACAGAUGAUCGAGAGUGGUGUCAGCCAAGCGGCAACAGUGGCCCGGGUGCUUCCUCGUGUCAAUGCUUGGGGAAUCACUGGAACUCCAGUCAAGGACGACGUCAAUGAUCUUUUUGGCUUGCUGCUGUUCCUACAAUACGAGCCGUAUUGCACCUCGACUUACAUCUGGCGGGCCAUGAUCGAAAGACACAAGCCCAUAUUCCAGCGCCUCUUCAACAGUAUUGCAGUUCGCCACACGAAGUCGAUGGUUCGGGAUGAGUUGGUACUCCCCCCUCAGAAGCGCUUUGUGAUAAGCAUGCCAUUCACAGCUGUCGAAGAGCAACAUUAUCAAACACUGUUUCGCGAAAUGGCAGAGGAGUGCGAUCUCGAUCUUCAUGGGGCACCUCUUGUAGAUGAAUGGAAGCCGGAGGAGCACGAGGAGUCGAUGAGAACCUGGUUGAACCGGCUGAGGCAGACAGCAUUGCACCCUGAAGUUGCAGGGUACAACCGUCGGCUUGGCCAUAACAAGAACCGACCGAUGAGAACUGUCGACGAGGUCCUGGAUGCCAUGAUCGAACAGAGCGAAGUUGCUAUACGAGCAGAUGAAAAAGCUUACCUCUCUAGCAAGCUGACUCGAGGUCAGCUGUAUGAAAACAGCCCACGGGUUCGGGAAGCCUUGGAAAUUUGGACGUCUGUCCGAGAAGAGACACGCAAGCUUGUUUCUGAUGCUCGAGCCGAGUUCCAGGCUUUGACUGCCAGCCAUACAAAUGGAAGCCUCGAAGCGGAUGCUGACAGUGACCAAGAGGAAGAUUCUGAAGAUGAGAUGGAGGCAGGAAGCAAAGGCCAACUGGGCGAGAGCCGACGCCGACUUCGCGGAGCACUCGAGAUGGAGCACAGGGCUGUCUUUUUCUGCGCCAACGCCUACUUCCAGAUACGUGACAAUCCUGAAAUUACCGAACCCGAAUCUGAAGAGUUUCUUCGUUUAAGAAAGCUCGAGGAUGAUGGGUACAAUGAGGCCAAGGCCAUCCGAAGAGAGAUCUUGCGUGAGUCUCAUGGCAAAGCGACUCGAUUGAUGAAGAAAAUAGCGCAGAAGGCAUCUGAACAGUCCUUUGCUGAGCUCCCAGAGCUAGUGGCAGGGACCGAACGAGGCAUAGAAAGCGGACGCAUCAUAGACGACUUAGAGGCGUUAUAUGGAGAACUGAACGACCAAGCAAAUGUGAUUGACGAGUGGAGAGAAUACCUCAUCGGACUUCUCCUGAAGCCCUUGGUGGAUGAGGAAGAUGAAGUCGACACAACUGGCGAGGAAAUGGGGGAGUCGGCUAGAAUCCAGGAAGAGGUGGUGGUCUACGUGCAGGCACUGCGAGCCAUCGUGGCAGAUCGACAGGAUGCCUUGACUGGGCAGUCGAACGAGCUGAUCAAGCAUGAGGCAGAAAUGUCACUCAAGUUUGCACGCGAAGGCGAGGGUCCUGCUCCUCAGAAACUCAUCGAGUUGAUGACCCUUCGAGACCAAAUCAAGCCGCAGUCGACCUCAAUGCGGAAGGCCAUUAGCGAGUUUCGAGCACUUUCGUCGAGGUUGGCAAAGGACACAAACCGGAGCGUUCUCGAGGCGCAAAUUGCCGACAGACAACUAAAGGCCACUCAGGCGCUUCUCAACAAGCAGAGCAAGGCAACAACUGCACUUGAGGCUGAAGUAGAGCACUUCAGGAACAUCAUGAACCUCCGCGUGGAGUAUUACCGUCAGCUGCAGGUAGUUUCGGACAGCGUUCUGCCGUACGAAGGGUCCAACACAGAAGAAACCAUGAAGAAGAUGAAGGAGACAGAGGACAACCUCCGGAAGAAGCUUUCAUCAAACGAAGCCAAGCAUAGAUACCUCCUCAACCUCAAGGAAUCAGGAAACAAGUCCAACGAACCCCGCAUGUGUGUCAUCUGCCAGACGCCGUUCACGGUUGGCGUCCUGACGGUGUGCGGACACCAGUUCUGCAAGGAGUGCAUGAUGUUGUGGUUCAAAGCUCACCACAAUUGCCCUGUGUGCAAGAAGAAGCUCAAGUCGUCCAAUCUACACGACAUCACCAUAAACCCACAGCAACUGAAGGUGCUCAACGACAACCCUGAGCAGGAACAGAAUGAGGUGGGGGAUAGCCCCCAGAAGCGCAACUCGUUGUCCAACAAGACGCUAAUCUACUCCGAGUUCAAUGCGGACCAGCUGGCUGAGAUCCAAAACAUUGAGCUUGAUGGAGCUUCGUUCACGACCAAGGUUGAUACUCUGGUCAAGCACCUCCUUUGGCUACGAGAAUCGGACCCUGGAGCUAAAUCUAUCAUCUUCUCCCAGUACAAGGGCUUCUUGGCCAUCCUUCGCAACGCCUUUUCACGAUCCAGGAUCGGUUUUACGUCCAUCGACGAUGCCAACGGUAUCACCAGGUUCAAGGAAGACCCUUCGGUCGAAUGUUUCCUCCUGCACGCUCGCGCACACUCAAGUGGUCUGAAUCUUGUCAAUGCAAGCCACGUGUUUCUCUGCGAGCCGCUUCUCAACACUGCGCUGGAGCUCCAGGCUAUUGCUCGUGUCGACCGUAUUGGCCAACAGCACGAGACUACGGUGUGGCUCUACCUUGUUACGGGCACGGUGGAAGAGUCCAUCUACAACCUCUCGGUGCAGCGGCGCAUGGAGCAUUUGCGCCGCACUGGCAAGGGCAAGUCGAAGGACUCGACUCCCGAUCUGCUCGCGGCGAGUAUUGACGAAGCCAACACGCUCGAGCUGGAGCAGGCGGCCCUGUCACGGCUCAUGAGCAAGGACAAGACUGCCGGUGAGAAUGUUGAGAAGAAUGAUCUCUGGGAGUGCCUUUUUGGACAUGUUGCUAGGCAAGAGGAGGCCCCAGAGAAGGAUACGCGGUUGCAGGAGCAGGCCGUCAUGGGGUAUCUGGCAGCUGAAGCAGCCGAGGAGAGAAUGGGCCAGUCAAACGGCGUGUGA